CUCUUCUCCCUAGUUUCAAUUUUCUUACUAUCCAUGAUUUUGAUCCCUUGAUUUACAUCCCCUUAUUGUUCCAGAAUAAAUUCGUUGAUCAGGAGGUCAACGUGUUCAGGCUUGAAGGAUGUCUGUGAACUGGUAAGCUUGAGGAGUUUCAAUAUAUACCCACAGAAGUCAAAUAACUCAGUGGAAGAAGUUGAUAUGGAUGCUCUCAUGCAUAUGACAGAUGAUGAUCUCAAGGCUAUGCUCAUACCGAUGCCCUUCAAUUGCAGCGAGACACAAGACAAGUUUUUCUCCUGCAGAACCGCAUUUAUUGACGGAAAGUUCCUCGUGAUGCCUUUUGCCCGUAGAGGGGUGAUUGCUUACAAUUCCAAGGAAAGUAGAUGGGACCCAGUUCAAACGAAGAUGGCUUGUAUAAUGUUGAAAGAUUCGCAUUGCCAGAUAGGGAAUGUUAUGUAUUGUUCUGUUGACGGAAGGAUCAGAUGGUAUGACACUGAGGUAAGCAGUUGGAGAUUGGUCAAGGGUUUGCUAGAGCUAGGUAACUUCCCUUGUGGUCCUUUUUGUGUUAAAUUGGCUGAUUGUCGUGGAAACUUAGCCGUUUUCUGGGUCAAGAGUUUUCCUGAUGAAGGUGAUGACCAAAGGAAGAUGAUUUUGUGUGCUGAGAUUGCGCUUGAAAGACGCACUAGUUUUGAGAUUUGGGGGAAAGUUUUGUGGUUUGAUCAUGUUCUUACUGUCCCUGCAGAUUAUCAGUUAAUCAAGGCUCUUGCUGCUACUGUUUGAUCAAUGAACAUGUGUGUCUUCCUUCUUUUGGUAAUAUCACAGUUUUUUUUUUUGAAUGCCUGAGUGUUCUUUUGGUGUAUGCAACCAUGAUCAAGAAUGACUCUGUCUCUUGUUUCACU